AUGGACUCCACGAUGAUCACGGAUACCUCAUGGGAAGACCUCGAACAACAAGCGACCGACACUGUGAUCCGCAUCACUACUCUAGAUGAUGAUGAUCCAAACAAACCGUUCUUCCAGAAAGAUCUGGGACAGCUCCGUUAUGUCCAAUUUCGAUUGAGCGGUGAUCCGGAAUACUUGGACGAGGCAGUAUCCUGGGCUAGGGAAGCAAUACAAUCAGUGCCGGCCGACACUCCGCUCCCUGGAGGGAGUUCCAUCACGCUUGUAACCUUGCUAUCUGCCAAAUACCAGCACACAAAAACCGAAGAAUUACAACAGUCCCUUCUGUUGAAUCAAGAAUUACACCUCCAGGUGUCCGAGGAGCUCUCCGACCAAAUUGAACAACUUUCCAUGGUCUUGACAGCUAUUCCAGAUGAUGAUGAGAAUCUACCGGCGUUUCAGAACCUCUUAGCGCAAAUGUACUUUGACCACAGCCUGCGAGCGGGAGAUGGACAAAGCUUCGACUCUGCAGCCAUGUUCGCCAAGAAGGCCUUGAAAUCGACGAUCAGAUCGGACAACAAUCGUGAGUCCUUCGAAAACCUUUACCGGAGGAUUUUGAUGCAUCAGAAAAUCGAUCAGGGAAUGAGCAUCUCAGACGCUAUGGAGCUCAGCCAUAAGCAAGCAAGAACCGUCGCUCGGGAUAUCCCCAACAGUAUCCUGUCGCUUUUCGACAAUCUAAAAAGCUUGGAUCACUUUAAGGAGAAGUUGAAGACCGUAGACUCAAUGGGAAGGGGGAUGACACUUUCCAAUGAGUAUGUUAGCAGUAGAGAUUCUGCUGUUAUAGACCGCGCGAUCAACACCUUCGAGAACUCGAUCAUCCAUGACGACUUGUCUGAUGAUACCCGCCGAGCAUGGAGACUCCAUGGUCUCUCCAAAUGUUUCGCACAGCGAUACGAGUUCGAAGGCCUCGAGGAAGACCUCCACAAAGCGUUAGAAUUCGCCGAAAAAGCCAAAAAGCUUGUUCCAGCGGACGAUUUGGAAAGGAAAAACAUCCUUCAGGGUUUGGGAGACCUCCAGCGGUCACUAUUCCAUCGGAACAGUCGGACUGAAUACCUUGAUAAGGCAAUUGAGAAUCACAGGGAGGCUGUGAGGUUGGCGCAGAACGACGACAGUGAUAGACCGGAAUUUGCCCUCAGCCUUGGCAUGGCACUCAAUGAUCAGUCCGAGCUCUUAAACAACCUGGAACAUCGCGAGGCCGCAGGGGAGAUGAUCCAACAAGCAAUCACCUUGGCGUCUGGCGACAGUGUGAAGAAAGGAUGUAUCAUGAGCGAGUACGCGGAUAUCCUCGAAGAUCGCUAUAACGAAACCAGCAACUUGGAUUACCUUGAGCUUGCAAUCAAAAAGGCUAUCGAAGCAAAGAAUCUACUGCCAGAGUGCCACCACGCCUUUCCUAGAGUCUGUUUUACUAUUGGAAAUCUACACCACGUCAAAUUUAAACGUCUCGAACGCGUCGAGGAUCUCGGAGAAGCCAUUACCUUCACACAACGGGCAGUUGAGAUGACCCCAGAGAAUAGACUUGAUCGAGGCAAAAUGGUGGUUGGCCUGGCACAACUACUUGGGAAGCUGUACGAUCUCACUGGGAACAUCGAAGAAUUGGAGACAGGCAUUCGGCUCAUUCGGGAAACAAUAUCAUCACUACCAGCGGAACAUAUCUCCAUUCCAGACAUGAAAAGGAGCCUCGGAGCAUUGUUCAUGAGCCGUAUGGGUGGCUUUGUGGGCCUUGCAAAGCUUGUCACCGGUCUUGAUAUUGAUCUAUCCACGUUGACCUCCAAACUCGAUGAUCUUGAUGAGUUGAUUAACUGUCAAGAGCAGACACUGAAAGCUCGUGAGCUCAGCCGCGAGGACCAGCAGUACGCAAUCAAAACUAAUCAUGGCUUCGCCGCCGAGAUUUGCACCCUUUCGAUCCAGCUUGGAAAUAUCGAAGAAGCUCUUCAGAGAGUUGAGUAUGGCCGUGGGUUGAUUCUGGGGCAUUUGAUCGACAGGAAAGACGAUCUUGCAGUCUUGCAGGAGAAGCACCCCGAUUUCGCCAGAAGAUAUCAAGAACUUCGCCACAAAGCUUUCCGACAAAUCGACGCCGAGAAGCUAAGUGAGAGCUGGGAGUCGAUGAUGGAAGACCGGAGAAAAGCUCAUGCGAUGAUGCAAGAGUGCGAAAAAGAAAUCCGUCGAAAUCCCGGUUUCGAAAACUUCCAGCAACCACCCCCUUUAGAAGAGCUUCAGAAAAGCGCAGCGGAUGGACCGAUCAUCGUCAUCAACAUCUCCAGUUCCAGUGCAGAUGCCAUCAUUCUUACAACGUCUCACUUGGAGGCUCUCUCACUUCCGGGUAUGACAGGAGAUGUCCCAGAGAUCUUUCAGCGGGUGCUUGGAAGGUAUAGGUCUGGUGUAAACACCUCUCUCGACCCAGGACGAAAUGUAGAGAAGGAUGUUGUUCUCGUAAGGCUCCAGGAGCUUGGUGCGUUGCCUGAGACCUCCGGCGACCCGCCACGUGUUUGGUGGAUAGGUUCAGGUGCAGCAAGCUCUCUCCCAUUCCACGCAGCAGGCGAUUUUGAUGAGAUUUGUCGACUUAAGUCCAGCCCAGAACAAGAUCUUGGGGGCCUUCGCCUUACCUGUAUGGACUGGGUUACACCAUCCUACGCACCGACCAUCAAGGCAUUGCAAUACGCGAGAACGCGAGCCGACAAGUUGAAUUUAGCGGAAAAGCCUUCUAUUCUUGUUGUUGCAAUGCCUGAAACGCCUGGCCAAUCCAAUCUGACCGGAGUUGUGGAGGAGAAAUUUGCCGUUCAAGAGUCUGCCAUCGGUUUCUGCGUUGAGAGCCCGCUCGAAUACCCUAGUACGGAUCAAGUCUUGGAGCGUCUUCAAGGUUCAUCGGUUGCGCAUUUUGCAUGCCAUGGCAUGUCGGAUUCUGCCAAUCCCGACGCUAGCCACAUCCUCCUCCAGAGACGCGAUUCGAGUGGCAAGAUUGUCCCGGACCAACUCACCGUCGGGGCAAUCCUGGACGCUACAACCCAGAGCGAGUCUGGAUCUUGGCUGGUGUACUUGUCCGCGUGUUCGACUGCCCAAGUCAAGGCCAAAAAUAUGGGAGAUGAGAAUAUUCACUUAGCAACUGAAGACAGUAUCUGUGUGGAGGUUGCACGACGCUUCUAUGAAGAACUCUCAAAGUAUUCCGGAGAAGAGCGUAAAUUUGCAGUGGCAUACGCUCUGCGUAAGGCAGUGAUGAGCGUCAGGAGCCAGCACUACCACGAUCCCGCCCUCUGGGCACCCUUCAUUCACUUUGGCGCGUAG